GCCUCUCUAGCCCCGCGUCGCACCAAGCAGCAGUCGCGGGCUCGCGGCGGCGGAAGCAAACCAACUAGAGGCAGCGGCGGCGGAGGAGGAGAACGGGAAGAUGACGGGGAAAGGGGUGCGGCGGAGGGAGAAGAACUACCGGGCGGCGCACGGGGGAGACGCGCGGAUGCCCCCGCCGCCUAAGCAACGCGAGCUCGAUGCGCUCCCGUCCAAGCUCCGCCGCCUCAUCGCCAUCCAGAACAUGCAGAGCGGCGGCGGCAAAGCCGGCGCCGCUGCUUCGUCAGGUGUUACUCCUGGGAGCGGUAAGCAAGACGCCGAUGGGACGGGGAAGAACAAGGCUAGCAAAGAUAAGAAAACUAAGAAGCAGGCAGCACUGGAGACUGCUGCCGAUGGCAAAGCAGCAGAGGUUAGAGGCGAGGGUGGACCAGAGGACGAGGAGAACGUGAAUGCGGAUGAAAGCAAGAGAAAGAGGAAGCGUGGGAAGGCUGUCGAUCUACGUUUCAAGGAACUUGAUGCAGCUGUCUCGGUUUCAAAGAAGCAGAAAAGGAAGAAACACUUGGAUGAGAAAAAGAAGAAGCGCAAGGGUGGUAAGGUUGAGACUCUUGUGGAUUUCCCUGGACGUGAAAAGGUCAAAUUUGGUGAUAUUGUCCAGGCUCCACCAAAGUUAUCAUUCCCAAAGCUGAAGAGUCCUUUGGAUGCUUCUCGUGAAAGGAUAAGAAAAGAGGUGGUUGAAAAAUACAGAAAUAUCAAAGGCUGGACAUCUAGGCCUGGACUCCAGCUUCCAACUGUAGCUGAAAAAACAUCCGUGUAACCGUUUUAUCCUGUACUACCUGCUUAUUUUAUUCUUAGUGAACUUACUCUGCUUAAAUCAGAGUAGCUUAUCUUACGGGUUCUGUACUCUCCUGCAAACAAUUUUGAAACAAAAGAUCGAUGUUUGGGUACCAAGUCAUUUGUUCUGUUUACUUCCGCGAUGCAAUCACUAUAUAUUCUGGGUA